AAAUCUAUUAAAGUUUUUUAUUUUUGCGAAAUUCUAGUGUUAAAAUAAAAGAAUAAAUAAAAAAAGUAGUAAGUUUUCUCUGUUCCAUAAAAUUACGGAAUCACCAAGAGUAAAGGAAUCCAAGAAGAAUCUCGUCCUCGCUUUCCUUUACCAAGUUGAAGCAGGCCAGGGGCAACCAACAAAAUAUCGAUUUUUCAUUUGUUCCAGUGAAAAAUAUGAAAAUUAUUAUUAAAAGUGUAUAAAUUCAAUUUAAUUGUAUUAAUUUUAUUCUAAACGAAAUACGCGAAUUUACUCGGAGAGUUGUUAAAAGAGCUGAGAAAUAAAAUAAAAAAUUGUGCGAAUAUUGAAAUAAAAAGAAAAAAAAUUGUAAAUUUGUGUAACUUUUUUCCAAGCAAUCGAUAAUUUCUCUGGAUUAGAAUAUAUUAGUUUAUUGCAGUUAAUAAUUUGAAUAAACUCUCAUAAAAAGUAGGCCAUCAGGAUCAAAGAAGUUUUACAACAUUGGAAAAUGUUAUUCGAAGAUCUCACAUAAGUAAAUAUUUUUACGAAAUUCAAUGAUGAAUUCAGCACGACACCAUCGCAUUGGAGUAUUUCUAUCUCCAUAAACAGUACAAAGCCAAAAAGAAAAAUACAAAAACUGAAAUUCAUUUUUAGAACAAACAAUAACACAAAAAGGAAAAAUCGAAGAAGAAUAACAACACGAAUAUCCGUCUUCGUAUAAAAUUUUGUACAAUUUAUAGAAAAAAAUCAAAAACAACAAUAAAUUUAAAUAAAAACUGCAAUCAACACCCAAAUAUCUAGUCACAAAAAUUAUAACACGAGGCAAAAGAAGAGCAAAAUUACACACAAACAAAAAAAAAAUAAAAAAAAAAGAUAGAUACAAAUAAAUCGAAUUAUUGAAAUUAAAAUUUUAAUAAAUCAAUCUCUAUCUCUCUAAAUAUAUCGCGCUCUGUGUAAAAAAAAUCAGCUAACAGAAAGGAAAUCUCGAAACGCAAUUACCAAAGAAUAUAAUUUUAUAUAUUACUAUUAAUUUAUCCCCGGGAAAGAAGGAAGGAAUUUUAAAAUUGAUCCAAAAAUGCCAUAUAGUCGGGAUGCAUCGGUGAAUGCCGAUAAACUAAGCGGAAUCGAGGAGGAAAGUGAUCUGUAUGAGGGUUUUGCACCCCACGUCGAUACAUCGGAAAUUAAAAAUCUUGACUAUCAAACCAAUUCGAAGCAAUCAGGUAAUCUUCAAAUAAUAUCAAGGCUCAUCUUGCCGCGAAAAGAACCAUUGCUUAAAUGUUUCUCUGAGAUUCAACCACUCAUAUUACAAGGGAAGAAACGUGAAGUUAAGAGUAUACUUCGAGAAAAUGCCUGGCCCAUCAAUUCACCGAUACGUUCUCAGCUAUGGCCGGCGUUAUGUGCACAGCACCAAACGAAACAAAAUAUGCUCGAUGGUUUCUAUUGGGAAAUGGUGCAUCAGGUAUUUGGUACAACAGAACUCUCAGAGAAACCAAUUAUGCUCCCAGCGUUUGUCGAUUCCGCCCACUGUUUGCCAUACCAUCUCACUCGAACCGGACGUGCAGUGGCAGAUCGGAUCGUAAAUGUUUUAGGAUAUGAUUGUCCUGAUAUUACCUUCAGUCCUGUAUUGUAUCCUAUUACAUCAAUUCUAUUGCAUUUCAUGUCUGAGGAAGAAGCCUAUCACUGUCUUGCAAGUUUAGUUGCAUGCAAAGAAAAGGUGUUCAUCAAUCAGACAAAAUUACUACACGAAGUCACUUGGAAAACAGUGAUGCAAAUUGCCAAAAAACAUGCAAAAACCUCCGUCUCGUAUUUGCAACGAAUGUGUCCCGGUCAAAAAUUAGAAAGAGUUUUCAUGGACUGGUGCUGGUGGAUAUUAGCUGGUUUACCAUUUCAGCAUUUAGUACGUGUUAUGGACUGUUUCUUUCAUGAGGGCAUUAAGGUGUUCUAUCGCAUCUCUCUGGUCAUACUCAAUUUAUUCCAAAAGGAAUGCACUUCGAACAAUGAAUGGAGUCCAGAUAAUAUUAAAAAUGACAUUGGUAAUGCGCUUAUCAAAUUUUGCAAAAAAUUACCAGUCUCACCAGCGAAGCUGUUACAAUCAGCGUUUAGUAUUAGGGGGCUAAGUUCCACAUAUAUAUCUAGGAUAUUUAUUAAGACUGAAAUGUUACUAAAAAGUAGAUCAGUUCUAAGCGGUUCAAAGCAAUUAGUUCGAUCGCGUUCCAGUGAUAAUUUACCAACGAGUCAAUCGCAAGUCAACAUUCAAAUGAUGUCACAUACAUUGACCAUACGAGAGAGGGUGCAUUCCGAGACCUGUCGCAAUCUGGGCGAACAAUCUCCUGGUCAUAGGGUGCUCGCUAUGGGCGUUUAUCCGGUUCAGUCAUUAAAAAGUCGAAUAGCCAGUGGUGAAGAUCUCUUUACACUCUGGUCAUGGCUGCCAGUUAGGAUAACAAUGUACCAACCCGUACUGCUGUAUACAACCGAAGAGCAUGGUUGCUCAUUGACAACAUUCUAUGUUCGGGUGGAGCAACAUGAACCGACUUUAAUGAUGAUCAAAACGUGCAAUAAUGAGGUUUUUGGAGCCUAUUGCUCUUCAAGAUGGUUUGAGCGUAAUGUCAAAGACGACAAAGGCCAAAGACAGGCCUACUUUGGCACAGGUGAAACCUUUUUAUUUUCCCUUUAUCCAGAGAGGGCAAAAUAUCCUUGGGUUGGCAUCGAAGGUGAUAAAGGAUUGGGACAUUCAUCGGAACUGUUUAUGGCGGCUGAUGCAAAAAUGAUCACAAUUGGUGGAGGUGAAGGUCAAGCUAUUUGGAUGGAUGAAAAUAUUCGCUUUGGCAAAACAGACAGUUGUAAAACUUUCAACAAUCCACCAUUGUGUCCCACAGGUGAUUUUGAAAUACGAGUUCUAGAAGUCUAUGGCUUUGUCGGUGCUUAAAAAUAAAAUGAAAUUAAUAAAAACGAAAGAAACUUCAGAACAUAUUUAUGAAAUAAGCAAAAGAGCAAAUCAAAAUGGCACUCCUCUGAAACAAUGAGAGGUGAAUGCUUUGAAAAAAAAAAAAAAAAAAAACAAAAUCAACUAUGCAAAAAAUUCCCAGCAUUUUUAUUGUUUUUUAUUUUUUUUUUAAACGUUUUUUUUUGUUUUUGUGGGAAUAACGAAUUAUCUUUUAACAAAACACAUAAAAUAAAAUUUAAAAAAAAUUAUUAUUUCAUUAAAUUGGAAGUUAAUAUAUAAAUAAUAUUUGUCACAUAACAUAAAAUAUACAAAUUACUAUACACAAACAAACACAAAAAAAAUAUAAAAAAAAAAACAAAAACAUUUACUCUAGUAUCUAAAUGUGAAAAAAUCAAUAUAAAAUAAUGUUUGCGCGCAUAAAUGUAUAUUUUUGUUUCAAAUUUGUUUUUGCUAUAUAUACAAAAAUGUUAAUUUUUAAUGUAUAAUGUUGUGUAACACAUGCUAUAUAUAUUUAUAUGCAUACAAAAACAGAAUAAGUGUUUGGAGUAUAUAAGAAAAAAAAAAACAACAAACCAACAAUGGACUGAUUAUUAUUUUUUUUUUUUAAUUCCUAAUUAAUUAAUUUUAAUUUUUUUUUUCUUGUUUAUUUAAUAUAAAUCUUGUUGAAAUUUUUUUUGUUUAUAACUUUUAUUUGUUGUUGUUAUCGAAAUAAAUUUAAAGAAAUGAAAAGAAAAAUAAUAAGAUAAAAACAAAACGAAUUAUAUUUUUAAAUGUAAAUCUUGCGUUGUUAAGUUAUUUCAUACUUUAUACCUCUUAUUACAAAAGAAACAAUAAUAAUAUAUUUGUUUAUUUAAAAAAAAUAAAAAACGCAAGAGUGAAAACUUUAAUAUUGGCCCAAUUUUGUGGAGCUUUAUUUUCCAGAUGAUAAUUGUUUUCUGUAUUAUAAAAUAUCUAUUUUUCUUCAGUAAUUGUUGUUGCUUUCUAAAUUUUAUGAAUAGUUUUUUUUUUUUUAAUAUAAUUAAUUAUUAAAAAAAAUUAUACUAAUAUAUUAUGUAUUUGUAUGUUUUGCACUUCUGCGAUAGGAUCAACUUUAUAAGCUGGUCAUAGUUAUUAUUGUGGGAUUUAUCGGCCGUCCAUAAAUAUUGUUAAGCUUUUGCUUUUAAAACAUUCAAUAAUAAAGGUCAAGGAAAAUUAGACUUUUCAAAGAUGUUAUGAAAUAUGACAGAAUCAAAUAUCUUAAAAAAAAAAAAAACAAAUUCGCUUAUGGAAAAGCAAAGCUUGUAACUGAGAAACUAAAACGAGAUACGUUUUGGAUAUAAGCAAAAUUUAUUUGUUUUUAAAGGCCCCUUUAGACUCAAUAUUCAUACGUUCUAAUCAAGUCGAAUGAUUUUGCAAGCACUCAUGUGGCGGAUUAGAAAACUUUGACGUUCGGCUCGUAAUGCAGUCAAAAUAAAGUAAAACGAUGAGCCAAUAUCAUUUUUAAAACGUCGAAUCGCUUGUAUAGACCCAAUUACUUUGAUUCGCCAAAUUUUUCUUGCGAUUCGCAAGUCGUAAUAGUUGUCUAAACCUUUAUACCAAAUUAUUGUGAAAGAAGUUUUUCUUUUUACACAUAAAUGUAUCUAUCUAAAAGUCUUAAGUGAGGAGUUACUUAGGUACUUGCUGCAUUCCUAGCGAAUUGAUGACAAAGCACAAACAGGAUUUGGCACACACCACAAAACAAAGCUCUUGUUUUUUUUCUGUUUUCAAGAACUCUUUACUUCUGAGAAUUUAGUGUUUUUUUAGUGUGGGGGCGGCUAUUUUAUCAGAAAAUUGA